ACUAUGCUCCAACAGAGUCAUUUAAAAUGAGGGAUUAACUUUUUUCUUUGCCGCUGCUUCUUAUUAAAUUAAACUUGAGUCUGUUCAGUCACGUCUUGUCCUACACUGUAACUCCACUGUAAAUUUUAUUCUAACUCAUUUUUAUCAUUUAUUUCAUUUUACUCUUGUUAAUCCUGUGUAAACGUGUCUUUGAUUUUGUCAUGUGUUUUGGUCAUUAAUGCCUUUUAUGUUUUAUCUAAAUCACUUUUAUGUAAAUCCCCCUCUUGAAAUGUGCCGUACAAAUAGAUUUAAUUAACCUGUGAAUUCGGCAAGUAACAUUCCCUGAAACCUCAUGUUCAAGCUUGCCCUUUGAGCUUUUAUUUUGAUAAUCCUCACUGGAAACACUUGUUUUAUUGUGUUUACUUUGACUGUCUUUAAAGGCUUUAAGCUUUAUGUAAGUGAAAGGCUUUAAAAACACACAGGACAGCUCUGCUAAACUGAGACCUAGCAAACAAACAAACAAACAGACAGCAGACGGUUUGUUAUUGGUAGUUGGUUCGUUUUAUCACGUUAAUUUUCCUCGAUGAGACACACUGCCAUGGAGACGGAGGAGAGACAGACCCAGGACAUUUAGUACUUUCACACAGCGGCUGGACAUUUAUCAGCGUCACAUCUCAUUAAAGACGUAAAUUAGUCCACAAACUGUGUUUCUGUAUUUCAGUUUUAUUUAAACAAUCAUGGCUGCUGCGUUGUUCAGAGGAGGAACAGGACCAUGUGUAAGAUGUAUCCACAGGGAGUUGUGUAGAGUCGUCUGGAGGUCGCAGGCUGCGAUGUUCAGCUCCAAACCGUCAGACCGAAAACCACCACGAAUAACACACAUCAAGAAAGCCAAAGCCCAGCCUGCAGUAGAUGUUGCUAAACUCCUGGAGCAACUCUUCUCCCAAACGAGGCCAGACACAGCGCCCCCUGCUGCAGGUAAAGCGCCACCUGCCAAAGCCUCUUCCAUGUCGACCAAACCUCCUACUACCUCCUCAGUGAAGAUCUCCACCUCAAAGGUUCCUCGUUUGUCAAAGGCUGAGUCAGAAAUUUCUGUCUUUCCUGCUGCUUCUGUUGUUUCCAAGAAGACAACGUCUACUUUUAACACUUCGCCUCUUUCACCUCAACCAAAAUCAGCAUCUUCCAAAAACCCAGAGACUUCAUUUUCCUCAGAAAUGCCUCAGCAGUCUCCUCUUGGUUUUAUUCAAGAGUUUGCUGCAGAUGGUGUUUCCAGUGUGACUGCUGGUACAGCCUCAGCGUCUCCUCCAACCAGUACAACACCUGCACCAUCAGGAUCAGAGGCAGCUAUAGUAGAUUCCCAAACUUCAGCGGAAACAAGAGAAACCAAAGUAGAAGCUGCUACAGAGGCAGAUGAACUCUCAGCUGCUCCUGUUCUGCCUUUAUCAGCCCACAUGGUAGAGACGAAUGCAGAGAAAUCAUCUGUUCCAUCUGCUACAGAACCAUCAGCAGACUCAAGCAUCACUCCUCUUGAAACAUUGAAUGAUAUAGCUGCUGUUCUCGAAGAAACAGUAAAGCCUACAAUAGAAGCUGAAGCAGAUAAGGAAGGACACAGUAUGACAGUAGAACCCUUAAUAGAAACUGCAGUAGACCCUUCAGUAGAGGCCAGCCCUCCUCCUAUGGAAACACUUGAAACUAGGGCUUCUGUUCCUGAAGGUGCAGUAGAAUCUACAGUAGAAGCUGAAGUAGAUACAGCCGCUCAAACCAACAGCACAGACUCAGGAGUGAUCAACAUCUCGCACGCUGCAACAGUAGAACCCUUAUUAGAAAGUACAGUCGAACCAUCAGUAGAGGCCAUCACCUCUACUCAAGCUGCUGUUGUUGAAAGUAUAAAAGAACCUACAAUAGAAACUGAAGGUGGUGACAACCUGUCACACUCUGCCUUAAUCCAAAAUGCACAUGAAUCUGCAGUCUUACCUUUGAGAAAUGAAGUAGAAUCUACAGUGGAAUCAUCCUCAGAAAACGUCGCUGUGGGAGACGAAGUGAACGAGUCUGAACAAAUGACUUUAGAGUCUGUGACGCUACAUCUAGUUAAGGAUUCAGUGGAGUCUUUGAAAACUGAUGAGCUCCUCCAAACCAAAUUUAUUCUUGAUGAAAAAGCAGAAGAACGACUGCAGGAGUUGUUGGUGAGGUCAGGAGUCACGGCCGAACACAGAGCUGCAGCUGAAGCUGAGAAGUCAAGUGAAGAUGAGGGUGAAAUUAUAACUAAAGUUCUGUCAAAAUGGGACUCUCUGUCUGAAGAUCUGAAAGAGUUAGAAGGAGAAACUGGUGCGUUGGUGAAAGAUCUUCUCUGUCGUGUUCCUGCAGCACUUUCCAAAACUCCAGGAACAGACACAACAGAGGCUGAAGUUUUAGCUCUAGAUUUUAUUUCUGAAGCAACCGAUGCUAUAGAAGCUGAGACAUUCGUUAUGUUAGAGGCCAUGUUUGGCUCUGAGCAAGGACCGAGGCAGCCACCUGACGCUCCGCUGCUGAAACUGGAACGACAGAAUGAAACGACCAAUCAGGAAGCAGAAAAAGAGCCUGGAGAGCAGGAAGGACGUGUCUUGGAGGCCAUGUCUAUGGAGUCUGUGACACUGGCUGAAGUUGAGGCUUCUUUGGGAACUCUGGAGGACAUGUCUCUGAGUGACACCGCUGCUUAUCUGGAGAAUGAAGCUGAAAUUUUUGCUGGAGAGAGAUGGAUGGAGGUAGAGGAGGAAACUGUGUCUGAAGAGAUGAUUGAGGUUCUGAAUGUUGAGUCUCUGUCUCUGCCUGAAGCUGAUGGUCUGUCUGAAGAUCUGCAGACAGAUGCACUGAUGGAGGAGCUGCUCUUUAUCGUCCCUGGGCAUGUAGCAGGCGGAAAAGAAGCUCGCGUCGGUCAGGAGGUUCUAGGAGCAGAUAUUUUGGAUGCAACAGUUGCCACAGGGUCGGAAACAGAUGCCACAGAAGCUCCGAAGGAGGUGCUGCUGGGACGGGAGACGGUGGAGAAGGGAGCACAGACUGAAGCCUUGGGGAAUGAAAAAGGUGUAGGGACACACACAGAUCUGGAUCCCGUUCAGAGACUCUUCCUGGAGAAGAUCAGAGAAUACAACAACAUGCGCAGGUUGAGUGGAGGACAAGUGGGGGCGGAGCCAGAUUAUGAGAGGUACCUGUCAGAGGAGACAGCCAAGCUCCAGAGACUUUAUGGAGGAGGAGACCUGAGCAGCUUCCCCGAGUUCACCUUCACCGGUGAGAGAGACAGUGAGGCAAGAGAAAGGUUCGGCCACAGAGUCCCUAUUACUCCGUACAUAACUGUUCAUAUACCAGUGACAGGUCCUGGAUCUAAAUAUCUUUCAUUUGCUCCAUAGAUUUUCCAGAAAAUUCCUCCAUCAUGUGCUUAAAGCCUUCCAAGAUUCUUCACUGCAUUAGAAUAAAAUGCCCCUUCCUUCCAGUCCAACAGAUACACAUACAUAUACAUAUACAUAUACAUAUACAUAAGAGAAUAAUCUAAAAAAAAUAAAUAUAUAAUAAAGAAAUAGAAAGUGGAGCAUACAGUAUCUAUGCUGACAAGUUAGUUGUCAUUAGUCUCAUUUAUCAUCAUAUGUUAAAAAUAGUGCCCAUGCGAUGAUGAGAUUUUUUUGUUAUUAUCAUUAUUAUUAUUGACUUAUAAGUCAGACCAGUAAGUAACAAGUAAUUGCACUGCAGAAAUGCCAAUGACAUGUUUUAGAAAUGUAUAAAUGGUGUUGACAGUACAUAGUUUGUCCACCAGAGAGCACUGACAAGUUUCUUUUUCAACUGUAAAACUGUAAAUAUAUGUCACAUUUUUUUAAAUAACAAGAUUAUAGGGAAUUCUUACCAACAGUGUAUGUUUAUGUUAUGUGUUUAUGUUAAAAAAGGAUUAUCAGAAGAUAUAUUGUUAUAUGACUUUGAAAACUCUCAAAUAUUGAUUGGUAUUGGCCUCAAAAAUCCAUUAUUGAUCUUGUUCUAAUAACAGACCGAGGAUGUCUGCCCACAAGAAGCACAUUAUGUCUGAUGGAGCUAAUCAAUAAAUGACUUUGGAGUGGUUAAAAUCUCGAUGGUAACAUAACAAAUGAUCUGAUUAGUGCACAGUGUCACUUUUUCAGUAGGGAUGUGAGAAAAAAAUGGCAUCACAUUGACAUAAGGCUUCGUCAGUCUUGUUUGGGUAAUACAUUAUGGCUGAUAAUCCAAUUCCCUAUGGAGAUUAUGAAUUGUAUUUUUACCUCUGGAACAUGAUGUUUCAGCUCUACAGCACUGCAGCUGAUUAACAGGCAUUUUCACUGCACAGACUCAUUAAAGUAUGUACAGUGUCAAACUAAAAUAAAAUAAAGUGCUGUAUCUUACUUCUGUUUUCUUUCUAGAGCCCAAAAUGGACCAGGACUCCAAAUGAUCCGUGAAUUCUAGCUCCUACUCUUUAUGCUCUUCAUCAGUCUCUUCUCGUCCCUUUUGUCCUCUCAAUUUUUGACUUCCUCCUUUACCUCCUCAUUUCAUAUUUACUCCAUGGGAUAACUGAGAGAAUGAAAGAGGACGACCCACAAAGGUGUGUUUGGUUGACCUGUUGGUAAAAUAAGGGAAAACGUAUUCCUGGCUGUUUGUU